AUGGCCACAAAGAACACUACUCCAGCUGAGAAGGGACCAAUCACCCGUGAAUACACCAUCAACCUCCACAAGAGACUCAUGGGAACAGUUUUAGAAACUAAUUUAGGAUUGAUACGUUAUGAUUACAGCACCUUCAAAGACAGAGCUCCAAAGGCUGUCAAGCAAAUCAGACAAUUCGCCCAAGAAGUCAUGAAGACCAAGGAUGUCCGUCUUGACAACAAGUUGAACACCAUGCUCUGGUCAAGAGGUAUCAAGCAAACCCCAAACAGAGUUCGUAUCGUUCUCUCCAGAAAGAGAAACGAUGACGAGAAUGCUCGUGAGAAGUUCUACACUCUCGCUUCAUUCGUCCCAUGCAAGAGUUUCAAGGGUGUCGUCACUAAAGUCGUUACUGAGAACUAA